AUGCGCCAUGGCGAUGGCAGAGAUGGCAGAGCGUGUGGAGCUUGCGGAGCUGCAGAUGCGGAGUUCAUUUGCUCUCGGUGCAGGAGGGUGAAGUUCUGCGGCCCUGCUUGCUUUCGCAAAACGUGGAGCGCACACCGAGCCUUUUGCCUGCCACGGCCUGUUAGCGAUGUCAGCAAGGCGCCAGAGACACCAGUGCACGGUGGGAUUGCGGUGGUGGUACCUUUCCGAGACCAGAUGCCACUGCAGGACCGUUGCCGCCAGCUGUCCCAAUUUCUCGAGCACAUGAGAUCUUUUUUGACGGGUGUCCCGCACGUGAUCGUGGUUGUUGAACAGUCGCAAGAUGGAAGGAAAUUCAACCGCGGCCAGCUGUUGAAUGUGGGGUUCAGAGUUGCAGCUGAGGUGUUGCCUACCAUGGAAGCGUUCAUAACUCACGAUGUUGACCUCCUACCUUCUCGUGACAUGCUGCCUGUUUAUAUGCGCCCACCGCCUGAGUUGCACGCAGUUCAUUUGGCAUCAGUUUGGGAGAAGUACUCGUACAAGAGCUUUCUGGGCGGCGUGUUGUCCUUUCGGCCCAAGGACUUUGAGCGAAUAAACGGCUACCCCAAUGACUACUGGGGCUGGGGUUUAGAGGAUGACCAGCUUGGACUUCGCAUGGCUCACAAUGGUGUGCGCACUCUUCGGGUGAAGGUUGGUAAGUUCGAAGAUUUAGACCCCAUCAACAUGAAGGCUGUCCUAGAGCGCCGAGACGGCAAAGAGGUGAAAAGCCAUCUGCCCUGGUACAACUCCAGCAUGUUUCAGAGGGGUGAGCUCGAGCUGGACCAAGACUGGUCGACUAAUGGACUUCGCAACCUGGAGUUUCACCCAGUUAAUUGCUGGAUGGAUGGCCACGUUCACCACAGAGUUGUAAUGCUGGGCAGGCUUGAAAAUAGCUAA